AGGUCUAAAAUGGAAUGGUUUCGGAAGUAAUCUGUUGAGUGCUGAGGCUUCAAUCCCUGGCUUUGCUAUGGGGGAGGACGAGUUUAAAGUGCGAUGUGUAAAGGCAUCAGACUCUGGGGAUGAAAAUGAUGUUACCAGAGCUAUGAUGGAUGCUUACAAGAGUUUGAAGGAAGAAGGCUUUACACCUGUAUGGAUGACCCCAGGAGAGUGUCUAAAUAUCAAGAGGAAAGAAAAGAACUGUGUGUACCUAUUUGACCCGUUUGAAGGACAAGCAUUUGAUCACAUCAAGAGUCUAUGCUGCAGAAUCCUUGGUCCACGCUGCAUUCUUGAAUCCUUGGAGUACAAGUUGGAGAUUCCAAGAAAAGCUCGUCCUGUGUAUAACUUGGCUAUGAGGAAUGUGGUUGCUUGCUGUACAAAUCUGGACAAACAAACCAGGGAUGAGGUUCAUGAAAAGAUUGAAUUGAUGAGUGGGAGUGUGGGGAAAGAUUUCACUGAAGCUGUGACUCACCUUAUAGCAGGGGAGGUUGGAAGCAAGAAGUACCAGGUGGCAGCCAGCCUUGGUAAGCAGAUCAUGUCAGCAGACUGGGUGACUAAGGUGUGGGAGCUUUCUCAGACAAGAGCUGUACAUGGAAUGGAAGCAACACUACAAGAGUAUCGCUGUCCGAUUUUCAAGGGGCUUGUUAUCACAGUGUCUGGGCUGGACCCUAAGGAGCGCAAUGACGUCAAGAAACUCAUAAACUCUGAAGGAGGGAAAUAUAGUGGUGAAAUGAAGGUGAAUGAAUGUACUCACUUGAUAAUCAACAAACCCAAAGGUACAAAAUAUGAGUUUGCUAAAAAGUGGAAGCUCAACAUUGUGAGAACUGAAUGGUUGUAUGAUUCCAUUGAGAAGAGCUUCUGUCAGGAUUCAGAAAAAUAUAAAGUACUAGCAGUGGAGGAUAAAUCUCAGGCAAAAACUUCUACUCCAGAGAAGGAUGUUCCCCACACUCGGGCAUCCACCAUUGCCGAUCUGAGCUGUAUAGCCAACGUCUCGGUGAUUAGCCACGUCAAUGAAACUGCUGCCGUCACUACCAAACAAAAGUCCUUUGAGGAGACAGACAUCACACUCAGUGGUAUUGAUCUAACUCAGCCUCCAGUUGACCUCCUGCUGGAUGGAUGUAAGGUUUACUUGAGUGGAUUUAGAGGACAGGCACUUGAGAAAGUCCGCAAGGUCAUUAACGCUGGUGGGGGAACACGCCUGAACCAGCUAAAUGAGAAUGUCACUCACGUGAUUGUUGGAGAACGUGUGGAUAAAGACAUGGACUUUCUCAAAUCAGCUGCAUGUACAUUUAGACCCUAUGUUGUGGGAGCAGCCUGGCUAGCUGAGUGUUACAGACAGGGAAACACAGUGGAUGAACAGCCCUUCAUUUGUCUGGAGUAUGAAUCGGAUAUCUCGACAUCACCUAAAAUUAUAGGGAAGCCAACAUCUAAAGAAGUGACAAAUCCUGUAACAAAAGAUGAAGUACCCGAUGCUGGUAACGAGGACACAGAUAUGGAGGACAUCAUGAGUCAAUACCUGCUUCAAGCUGAUUCUGGGAAAGAGUCUGAUGAUGCCACAGUGUUAGACCGUGACCAGACCCAAGAUCCCAAUGCUACUACAUCAGAUGCAGCAGUACCCUCAAAGGAAGCAGACAAAGUUUUAAGGGAGAAGGACAAGACUAAAGAAGAUGGGGAUGUUACAGAGGAUGUAGAAAUGGAAGGAAGUCCCAAACCUAUUUUUCGUGGCAAGUCCUUCAUGUUCUUUGGGUUUGAAGAAGAUGCAGUUAAGGAGCUAAGCGAGUUCAUAGUGGAGAGACGUGGACGUGUGUUAGAUCCAAAAGUUCGUCUGGUACCUGAUUAUGCAGUUGUUCCCCUCGACGGAUUCCCUGUAGACAGGACAGCAAGUGAAGUAGUCACUAAUGCUUGGCUGCAAAUCUGCCUGGAGCAUGACACUCUGAUGACUGAUGCUAAUGAGCUGUAUCAUCCUCUAGAUCUUAAUCUGGAUCCUCAACAGUUAACAGGCUGUGUUCUCUCUAUCAGUGGCUAUUCUGGGACGGAAAGAGAUUGCCUGAUGCACAUUGCUGAACUCUUGGGUGCUAAGUGCCAAGACUACUUUGUGAGGAAGGCCAGUAAAGGACUACAGCCAAGUACUCACCUCAUUGUACGUGAGGCUGAGGGAUCUAAGUAUGAGGCUGCCAAGAAAUGGAAUAUCCCUGCUGUGUCCAACAGUUGGCUUUUUGCUUGCGCUAAGUCUGGAAAAAAAGAAAAAGAAGAAAAAUUUCAUAUUGACAACAAAAGCAUUACCUCAGUUGAGAUGGACAAAUCAGAAACUGCAUUAAGGACAGUAGAAGUUGAAAUGGCAGACAAUCAUAGGAAGCCUGAGGUGACAUCAUUGGGGACAGGGGAAGUUAGAAACCAGAACAACAUAACAGAUAUUCAGGAGGCUGUUUCAAUAAAAGACAAUUCAGAGAUUGAAUCAAAAGAGGAAUCAAAGAGCCGUAAAAGUCUAAAACGCACCAGCUCAACCCUGGACUGUCCAGGAGUCAGUGAGGAGAACAGCAGACCCUCGAAAGUGGCACGGAUGCUGGAAAAUGUACAAGAAAGUAGUAGACAGGCAGAUGUAGGUACAGUAGAGUCGACCUCACGUCCUGUAGACAAGCCUUAUCAGGGCAGCCAGAAGGAAAACCUUAGCCGAGUAAACAGGGGUGCUGUAAACGAGAGAGUCAAGGCCCUGCAGGCAGAGGUGGAUACAACCCCCCAGGGUGGUUCCAGGUUCCGUACAGGACUCCAAACUCCAUCUCCUGGCCGUUUUCUGGACCUGAGUAAAGACUUCCACCCUGUAUUUGAUUUAACUGAUGCUUUGGCCUCCCUGGAGACUCCAGAAGGACAUCGCAAAGUUAACAGGCGGAAAACUAGCUUGCCCUUGGAUGAGCUGUACACGAUACAAAUAGAGAAAGGCUUGAAAAAUAUGGAGGAAACCCAGCCCGACGUUGAGAAUACUCCAGUAAAGACAAAGGUGGACGAAGAGGUUGCUCCCCUUCAUGGUGUCAUCGCUGUUGUCAACAAGAAGCUGUCUUCUCAACAAUCAGAAUUCAACAAUAUAGUGUCGGAUCUUGGAGGAGAUUACCGCUGGUCAUAUGAUAACUCCUGUACUCAUUACAUAUUCCAGGGACGUGCGAAUGAUACAACAAAAGAGUUCCGAUUGGCACGUGAUCAGGGCAAGAUAAUUGUCUCUCCACACUGGCUACACAUGUGUAAGGAACAAAUGGCCAGGGUGGAUGAGACACUCUUCCCACACACCUUCAACCCUAAUCUGUCUUUGUCUGUGGUUAGCAGUAAACGGACUGAGACACCUGGUCGUGCCAGCCGCCGGUCAGGACGAGCCUUGUCAAAGAAGGGAGAGGAUGUGACCUCAAAUUCCAGUUCUGCUGCAUCUACAUCACAUUCCAAGCAGCCGAUGCCACCUCCAAAUACACAACAGAUUUUGAGUUCUGAAUCAGAAUUGCCAAAAUCUGUGGACAACCAGUCUAGUACCAAACAAGAAAUUUCACCAAUUAGGUCUGCAUCUUCUUCUCCACCUCUCAAGACUAACCCAGACACAUCACCAAAGGAGGGAGGACAGAGGUCAGAUGAGGAAGCUAUGGAACAAGAAGGUGCCUCCACAGAAAAGGAGGGACUGGAAAUCGGUGGAACACUAGAACUCCGGGAAGUCCUUUCCAAACAGCUUGAGAAGAUGAUGGGUUCAAAAGCAAAGAAAAAUACCAGGAGAAAAAGCAAAAGGCUGAACUCCAGUGGACAGAUGAACAUGUCGGGGGAGACUUCGGGGGAACUAUCUGGAGAGGGCCGGGGCAGUAACCAGAGUCGUCCUUCUUCCCGUCAGAACCGCUGGAGUCUUCAAGAUGAACAGGCAGGCCAGAGUGAGCGACGUAACAAUAGACAAACAUCUAGAGCCAAAUCCCUGGAGAAUAACUCUGGUCCUGAGGCCUCACAGAGUGUACAGAUCACCUGGGAUGAUCCCACAGGGAGACUGGAAGAGGAGAAACUAGCGCACAAGCUGGAGAGAGCCUGUAGUCCGACACAGGACCCUGCCCUACCUCCAGGCUACCUUGAUGCUGAGUUCUCUGAAGUAGAGGAGGAGGAGGAAGAACAACCAGUGCCACACCUACCUCACUAUGGUAAGAAGUCAGAUCGGCAACCUGAAGAUGAGCGGAUAAAGACACCUGAAGCUCCAACACUGGCUUUUCCAAGACCAAGACAUUCCACUAAAGGAGAUACCUCAGAGCCAAUGGUUGCCAUAAGUGAUACUGAAGAGAAGACCAAGGGGGAGACAACUCGACCUACACCAGUGUUCUUAUUGUCUGGAGUAUCACAAGAGGAGAAGGAUCACUAUGGAGCCUUGGUGGAACAGCUAGGAGGACAGAUGCUGGAUGGUCAAAUGUACAAUUCUGCCUGUACCCAUCUGGUCAUAGGUCUGCCAUCCCGUAAUGAGAAGUUCCUUGCUAGUGUUGCAUCAGGAAAAUGGGUUCUUCAUAAGUCAUACUUUGAAGCCUGUCGACAAGAAGGCAGGUUUGUUGCGGAGGCAUUGUAUGAGUGGGGAGGAGAGGGGACUUCUCGACUUGCCAGUAGUAAGAACCAGGUCGUAGUAAAGCUUGCUGCUGCAGCACACUCAUGGAGGGUUUCUGUGGAAGAGGAGCGCAAGAGGUCCAAUACCUGCCAAGGAGCAUUCAGUGGCUGGAAAGUCCUUUUGUGUUCUGACCCAAACAAAGAGGCGAGUUUCCGCAGGUUACUGGCUGCUGGAGGUGCUACAGUCCUCAAUAACAAACCACCUUUCUCUCGGACAGUCGCUGCCACACAUGCCUUUAUUGAACUGGCAAAAUAUCAAAUGUCACAGGAAGACCUGGAGGUACUGCUCAGUGCCAAUGUAAUGUGUUUGCGCCCUGACUUCAUAGCUGCACAUCUGACGGACAGUCCCCCACCACGCCCUGAAGACUUCUGUCCUCAAGAAGUGGCUGCACUUGUUGUAAGUCUGAAAGGAGAGGCAAGUGGAAGAAAAAGACUGACAUCAUCCUCAUCCAGCGAGUCUAGAAGUAGACGAACUAAACAUCAUUGACAGUGGCUGUGUGUAGGAAAAUAUUGUCACAGCACAAAAGUUUGAAAACUUAUGACUUCUGUGAUGGUUGAUCAUUUGUGUGUCAUGCUAGCCAACCUUUAAAUUGUGGGUGACCAGAGCUAUGGAUACCUGGAAAAGUUAUCAUUAACGUCAUCUGUAACCAGAAAUUUUUUUAUCUGUGUACAUAGGAGCUGUGUAUUUAUUUUUACAACUCAGUAACUAUGACAGUAUGUCAUACCAGUCUAACACAAUGGAAUGCCAAAAUGAUAGACAAAUCAAUUCACUGGCAGCUAUUUACAGUGAUGUGCCUUUCUCUGUUGUGUUCAAUGUGGACUUCCAAAACAGAUAUCUCAGAUGUUUAUCAUGAUACAUGUUUUUUAACAAUAAAACAAUAUUGAUAUAUAUAUGUAUAAAGCCUAUACAUAAUAAAUAUUGAUGUUAAGAAUA